CGCUGGGACAUCUGACACCUCCUCCACCGGUGAAUCAGAGAACAUCCAUGAUGCUGAACCCGGCGAUGAAGAAGCUGAAGGAAGUGAGGCUGAGGAGCACGUCACUCCUCGUGGCCGACCUUCCGUGUCUCAUGGUCGGUCGUCAGUACUUCGCUGGUCUCCGGCUAGUGGAAGCCGCGAAGAAUACCGCCCUCCGCGGAUCUCUCGGGCCAGCGAAUACGCCCGCCUAGUCAAGGAGGGGCGCGAAGAAGAGGCGCGAAAGCGGGAGCGCCGGAGAUCCACUCUCGGC